AUGGUACCUGAAAAGCCAUUGCCGUACUCGGACGAGUUUACCUCGCCGGAAGAGUACACCGACGCUCUCCUCUCCUUCGCCACCACCUCGGACCUCUUCCAGAUUCUCUGCGGCGGCGUGCACAUCCUCGACUUCUUCACCACCGGCGACCCGGGCAUCUUCGCCACCAUCUUCGACGAGGACUGGCGCGAGUUCCUGGCCGCCUGCGACAUCAUGGACCUACUCGACCUCCUCAUGAGAGACGACCUCUCUGGCGACUUGACCAAGGGGCAGAAGCUCCCCGUGUUGCCGCGCAAGAUUGCCCUUGGCAUGAAGACGAAAAAGGUCCACGAGGUGACCAAUUUCGCAGACUAUGUCGACAGGCUCGUGGAGGGCAUAUGCGCCGAGGCGUCCACCGACGACAAGGACGGCGGAGAGGAAAUCACCCACCUCGUCGAUUUUGGCAGCGGCCAAAACUACCUCGGCAGGGCCCUCGCCUGCCCGCCCUACAACAGGCACGUCGUCGCCGUCGAGGGCCGCGAGCACAACAUCUCCGGCGCCAAGUCCCUUGACCUGAUGGCAGGCAUCGUCAAGAGGCCCGGCGUCAUCCGCAACAAGAAACUCUACCAGCACAUGCGGGCCGUCGCCGACCUUCGCCCCCGAGAAGAGAUUGGCGUCGAGGCGUCGUACGAGUUUGAGGAAGGGAGGGGCUCUAUUCAGUACGUCGUCGGCACUUUGGAGAGUGGAGACCUCUCCCAUGUCGUCUACAAGAUACGGAAUGUCAGGCCCGACCAGCCGGAACCCACACCCGAGAACACGGAGGUAGCCGUGGUGGCGGCAGAUGCCCAACAUGAGGCCGAGGCCGGGACCGGGACAGGGACCGAGACUGGGACCGAGGUCGAGGCGCGCGCAAACAACGACCCAGACUCGCAGGAAACCCAGAACCAGAGGCUGAUGGCCAUCUCCAUCCACUCCUGCGGCAACCUCUCCAACUUUGGCAUCCGCUCCCUGAUCCUGAACCCCACCAUCCGCGCCGUCGCCAUCCCCGUCAACGGCCGCGUCGCCCGCGAGUCCGCCAAGUACGACCCGGAAGGCUUCCCCAUGAGCGACGCCUUUGUCCACCACGCCGGGGGCGAAGGCGUGCGCUUCAACAUCACCGCCCGCAUGAUGGCGUGCCACGACGGCGAGCCCGUUCCCGCCGAGGAGCUGGAGCAGCGAGGUGCCGGCCCCGAGAGCCCCUUCGACAUGAGCACGAACCCCGUCAUCCUCGGUUCCCUCCGCAGGGGCUCCUAUGACUCGUUCAAGGGCUACGUGCGGGCCGCCGUCCUCAAGCUCACCACCAACACGAGCUACAAGCAGUACGCCGAGGUGGUGGAGCGCAAGAUGGGCAACAUGACGGACGAGGAGAUUGACGGCUACGAGGCGGUGUAUGGGUCCCGGAAAAAGGAAAUCGCUGUCGUGUGGAGCCUUAUGGCUUUCAGCGCUGCCGUCGUCGAAGCCAUGAUCGUUACCGAUCGCUGGCUGUUCCUCAAGGAGCACUCCGACCUCGUCAAGCACUGCUGGGUGGAAUCCGUCUUUGACUACAAGCAAUCACCCCGCAACCUCGUCAUUGUCGGCAUCAAGAAGUAG